UCACCUGUCAAGAUGUUCUUUGCUGUGAGCUCCCUCCUCCUCCUCCUCCCCCUGCUGGGUGUAGUGAAUGCUGCAACUCCAAGUUUUAAUUGCAAUGCAAUCUGGGGAAAACUGAGACAGAUUGACGCCGGCGCUGGUAAAGUGCACGGCGUGGACAGCAACGGCGACAAUUUUUCCUGGGAAAACAAUAACUGGAAAUAUAUUCCUGGGAAGCUCACCCAUGUUUCUACCGGACCUGCUGGUGUUUGGGGCGUGGACAAAGACCGCCAAGUCUUCAGACUCCUGAACAAUGUCUGGCAUAAUGUAUCAGGGUCCAUGAAGCAGAUAGAUGCCGGUGGUAAUAAGUUUGUGGCUGGAGUGAACUCGCAAGACAACGUCUACUGCUCAAUACAGAAGAGCGCAGAUACCCCUGUAGACUGGAAGUCGAUGAACGGGUCACAAAAAUAUAACAGCUGUGGCAAGUGGGGCUGCUGGGGAGUGAACCGCGAUGACAGUGUUUACUUCCGCCACGGCGUCACCUCAGAAUUCUGCCAGGGAACCGGAUGGCAGCUGAUUGACGGCAAACUGAUAAUGAUCGAGACGGGCACUGAUGGUUCUGUGUAUGGCGUCAACUCGGCAGGAAACGCGUACAGAAGGAAUGGAAUCAAUGCCAUGAACCCGACGGGAACAUCCUGGACCCAGCUGGAUCUCGGCUACAAUUCCAAACACCUCACUUACGCCGACCGCUAUCUGUGGCUCAUCACCCCGACCGAUGACAUCAUUCGGUGCGCCGUCACUAAAUGAUCUUUCUAUGCCGCAAGCAGGGCAAUGUAAAGUGUGAUCAGAGUCCAGGUGCCGAUCGGUGUUUUUGGUUAUAUUUGUAUCCCUGCGAUGUUUUGCGUCGCCACUAAAAGCAUCCGAUGGUAGGCGGGACUUCCAGUCCAU